GUUUUAUAUCGCCGAACAUAUCGUGCGCUCGAAUAUUUUGAUUCGAUAAAUUACUUUAAUUGAUAACCUUUUUGCUAGUAAAAAAUGAAGCGAUUCAUUUGUUUUUUUGUGUUUGUAACUUUCUGUGUAAUAUGUUCGGACGCGAAAUAUUUCGAGACGAAUUGCGAUUUAGUUCACGAACUGAGAAAACAAAAGUUUCCUGAAGAUAGAAUGAGGGAUUGGGUAUGUCUGGUAAACAGUGAGAGUGCUCGCCACACUGAUGCCAUAGGUGGACCCAAUAAGAAUGGCUCCAGAGACUAUGGAUUGUUCCAGAUCAACGACCAUUUCUGGUGCAGUAACAGCACAACGCCUGGAAAGAGCUGCCAAGUCACUUGUGCUGAUUUGAUUACGGACGACAUCACGAAGGCGUCGAUUUGCGCGCAUAAAAUCUUCAGGCGCCAAGGGUUCCCUGCCUGGCAUGGAUGGUCACAACGCUGCCAAGGAGAUCUGCCUGAUAUAAGUAAUUGCUAGUUUUAAGAUUAAUAAUAUUACUGUAAUAUGUUAAGUAAAAUGAAAAUGGAAUAAUACCAUAGGUCCUACACCGCCACCUGGUAACUCUUCUGUUGUUGAGGCUGUCCAGGUUUCGUUAAGAUGUUUUGCUUCACCGUAUGUCAGUGGUGUCUAAAUAUGUAUAAUCAUAUUAAGUCCACAUAAUUCGAAAAUAGUCAUAUUGGUACUAGCCAAUCGCUGAUUGAUAUUAAUAUAUGUAGAUAUGAAUUCUUGAAGGAAAUAAUUGAAUGUAGGUAGCCUCUCUAGAAUUUAUUUUGGAAAGAAUUUUAUUGUGAAUGUGUUAAGCCCUACCUGCUUUUAUAGGUAUAUAUGUGUUAAGCGAUGAUUCGGUAUGAUAAUCCAUAUCAAUGAUUAAUAAAUUGGUGUGUGGUUUAGAAUAUUAAAAGCAGGUUAGUUCUAGAUUAAAUUGAGAUCAAAUAACCUUUUGUGUGUAUUUUUGAAGUAUGUAAUUAAACUCAUCAGUGUUUUCUUUGUGUGUUAAAUUAUAACGAUAAGUUAUAAAGUAAGUUUGUAGUGAUGGCUCGGAGUUUGACGCGGCCGCUUCUCAUGCAUGAGGAUGCUAUUGCAAAAAUACCAUU